CUCAUUUUCCGCACAAAACCAAUUCGGAAUUCAAACCAACCGACCCAUCCAUUUGAUCCUCCGUGUUGGUUCAGCUACUCGUUCACAAUCCCUAAUUUUCUCACAUACUCUCUCGUAUUCCUUCAUUUUUCUAAUCCAAUUUUUGUAGUUUUUCCUUCCUAGUUUCCCACAGAUUUUCUUUCGCUUUCUUCUCAUUCCGUUGAUGUCAGAACUUGUACAUUGAUUAUCUCACAUUCUUUUGAAAUUGAAGGUCGCAUUCAAGGUUUACGUCGCUUCUUCCUUUUUCGCACUGCUUUCAUUGAUUAUUAUCGAGAGCGUAAUUCAUUUAUUGUUCGUUGUUUUGUUCAUUAUGCUUGAUCAUCGUGUUAGCUUCAAAAUUUGCAUCUGGUAUUAUUUUUUAAGGAGUUCUUGAAAUUUUCUCACCCUUUAGAUGUUUACUAUUGCAUCUGUUCAAGGUUUCUAAGAUAUUUUGCUCAAAUAGUGCUCAAUUCAUGAACAAGAUUGUACCUUUGUGGUUCAAUAAAGUCUGGGAGCUUGAAUUCUCUGCACAACAGUUGUGUUGGGGUGGUCAAAAUUAGGGUUUGCGAGCAGAAUUUGUACUGUUGUGCAUUAGGGUCUGCUGUAGUUGUGUAUUGAUUCGAUUACAUUGCUUGAAUUUGUGGUACUUUAUUGUUAAUGGGAUCAUUUGGGGCAAAUUUGCUUGAUGGGAUUCAAGAAAUAUAGGAUUUGAGACUGGUAUUUCAUGGGGAACACAUGUGUAGGACCCAAUUUGGGGAACAAUGGGUUCUUACAGUCUGUCACAGCUGCAGUUUGGCGAACCCGACCACCAGAGAACACUCUCCCCCCUCCUAAUGAAGAAACCACCAGUAACAAAGAUGGAAAUGUGGCCAAUUUGGAAGAGUCAGCAAAAUCAUCUUCCCAGGCAUCUAAAGGAUCUGAACCUCCACUUGGUGUCCAAAGUACGCCGCCUACACCGAUUAAAAUAAGCAGUGAGGCUAAACCGGUUGAACGCAUGAAAUCGGUUAAGCCUCAGGUGAAAGAGGAGGGAAGCAAGCCUGUGGGAGCUGCAAAACAGAAUAAGCCUAAUCACAUUAAGCGUGUGUCGAGUGUGGGACUUCGAGUUGAAUCUGUACUGCAGGGGAAAACUGAUAAUUUGAAGGAGAUUUAUAGCUUAGGGAGAAAGCUCGGACAAGGACAGUUUGGGACAACAUUUUUAUGUGUGGAGAAGGCCACAGGGAAGGAGUUUGCUUGCAAGUCCAUAGCUAAGAGGAAGUUGACUACUGAAGAGGAUGUUGAGGAUGUUAGGAGGGAAAUUCAGAUAAUGCACCACUUGGCAGGGCACCCGAAUGUGAUAUCAAUUGUAGGUGCUUAUGAGGAUGCUGUUGCGGUUCAUGUUGUUAUGGAACUUUGUGCAGGUGGGGAGCUUUUUGAUAGGAUUAUACAGAGGGGCCAUUAUUCUGAAAGAAAGGCAGCUGAGCUUGCAAGGAUAAUAGUUGGUGUUGUGGAAGCAUGCCAUUCUUUAGGGGUUAUGCAUCGGGAUUUGAAGCCUGAGAAUUUUCUUUUUGUUGACAAGGAAGAGGAGUCACCACUUAAAACGAUUGACUUUGGGCUCUCAGUAUUCUUUAGGCCAGGUGAAACAUUCACUGAUGUGGUGGGAAGCCCUUAUUAUGUGGCUCCGGAAGUGUUGCGGAAACAUUAUGGUCAAGAAUGUGACGUUUGGAGUGCCGGGGUUAUCAUUUAUAUUUUGCUUAGUGGAGUCCCACCAUUUUGGGAUGAAACGGAGCAAGGAAUAUUUGAGCAAGUUUUAAAAGGUGAACUUGACUUCACCUCUGAACCAUGGCCAAGCAUAUCUGAAAGUGCAAAAGAUCUGGUUAGAAGAAUGCUUGUAAGAGACCCCAAAAAGCGUCUGACAGCCCAUGAAGUACUUUGUAAGUACCCUCUGCUAUAUUAUCUGAUCUUUUUUGUCUGUGGACAUCAACCGUUUACACUAACCCAUAUUUUACUUCAGACGUUUCCUUUUUUUUCCGCCCUCUUUACAAGUUGGCGGAGCGAUGAUGAUGCUCACAUUGCCAAUGAAUUUCCAGAUACACAUUCUGAGAAAGUUAUGCUGGCAAACAUAUGA